AUUAGUGUGAAGUUUUCGGUAAAUCUGUCAAUAUCGUAAAAUUUUUAUUUUAAAAGCAUGGGGAAUAAAGUGAAUCUACUGAUUAAGGAUGUGUGCGUCCAGGAGGAGAUGGCAGAGAUCAAAAACGAAGAAAAUUCACUAGCGAAAGUACACAUGAAGCAGACACAGCCAGAGCCUCAGCUUUUGAUACUUCUCAAACCAAUGCGUGGCACUUUGGUGAUCCCUAGACUACAGACCUUCUUUUUUACUAUUGGUGGCACACCCAAGAAACGAUUGAGGGCUUAUUUAAGCCUGGAAUCAGCGCAAGAUUUCGGGAAAGUUCUGCUCCACACACAAAAGGUCAACCGAAUGACAAGUGGUCAUGUUUUCUUUGUUCAAUCCACGAAAGAUGAAAUAUCUAAGUACACAAGCCGUUUCAAAACGUUGCGACUGAUCCCAACUGGAUUGAAGCGCCACACGAGGCGUCAACGGCUUCGUCGCUUCGGGACAUGGGCUUCACUUGACUCAAUCGAUGUCCCAGAACAAUAAAUCUAUGGAAAUAAACCCAAUGCCUAGACGGCUCCGAUGUACUACUCCUGUUUGUGUUGUUUUGUUUUUGCCGGGUGAUUCCCAGAUCCCAGAUCCCAGGCUCGAGAUGACAUAUGAGCUGAACUUGGAAAACCUGCGUCCAUAUCUCGAGCUCACAGAUUCCCACAAACACCAGUGCCGAGAGCUCUACUACACCCCCAUCAAAGCCAAGGAGCUCGAAUACAAGUACGUGAAGCGAACAGAUGAUAUACUCAAGAGGACCGACUCCAUUGGAUGUGGUCAGGCGUGUGAGUGCUUCCUGACCUUCGAUGCCAUCUCGCUGACCUCCAACUAUACGGCUUUGGUAUUCAGCCUUUGUGGCAUUGCCCAUCCCCUGCACCUGGUGAUCUAUGCCAGUGCCGUGGAGGAUGCCAGGGUGGUGGAUAUUGCCGAAUUUCUAAGCGAUAUUCUCGUCAAUUUGGUCAGACAUGAGUUGCCCAGGCUCCCGAUGUUCCCAACGAUGUUUGUGCUGCUCCACAACAAUGUGAUAAGCCAGAAUGUGAUAAGGACAAUCUCGGAAAAGGCCGCGUAUUCGAAAAUCUUUAAGAAGUUUCUAUUUGUUCUGGAUGCUACCUUCUGGCGGUAUUACAAUAUGCACAUUCCCUAUAUCCAAAAUGCAUGGCUCGACAUAAUGCAUACGGAAAUCACAAAGGCCAACAUAUCGGACAUCUUCCAGCAGCACGAGGAAAUGUCCAAACUCAAGCAUUUGGGGUUCAUGGAGGAGUUCGUCAAAUCCUACUUAACCCUGGCCAAAAAGCUGCUGUCCACCAAAUCGACCGUCAUGCUGCGCCACUGCACCCUGGAGCGAGUGGACGACUUUGUGAAGAUUAUUCGUGCCAAUAUGAAGAUAUUCAAAAGCGAGUCAGUCACACGGCAGCAGGUCUUCCAGCUGCUGCGGGCAGUGAUCAUCAUUUAUGACCAUUGACCAUUGACCACUGACCACUGAGGGGGCAUCGACCAUCGAGCAGAGAAUGAAAUAAUUUAUGUGGCACAACAAUUUAUACACAAGCCAACGAAAUAUGUAUGUACUUUUCUAUUUGUUUGGA